GUUCCCUACGUCGCACGGAGUACUUCACCGACACAAAGCUCGCUAUGUUGCAUGAGCAUAAUCUCAACCAUUUUUCAGUCAUACCGCCACCAUGGUUCUUUCUAAGCCCGAGAACAAGCACGUCCUGAAGGCCUUCGACCUCACCGGCAAGGUUGCUGCCAUUACAGGCGGCGCCCGGGGUAUUGGACUUGAGGUUUCGAGGGCCCUCGCAGAAGCUGGUGCCAAUGUGGCCCUGAUCUACAACUCUUCUAAAGCGGCAGAGGCCAUUGCCGAAGAGAUCGGUACCCAGAAUAACGUGAAAUCAGCUGCCUAUAAGGCGGAUGUUGGAAAUCAGGAGGAUAUCGAAAGGGUAAUCCAACAGAUCGCUUCAGACUUUGGCAAGCUCGAUAUUAUCGUCGUGAAUUCGGGAGUCACUUCCAAUAUCGCGGCGGAAGACUACACCACGGAACAAUGGCGUGACAUUAUGAAAGUGAAUCUAGAUGGCGCGUUUUAUAGCGCGCAGGCGGCUUCUCGGAUCUUCAAGCAACAAGGACAUGGGAAUGUCAUCUUCACGGCCUCUGUCAGUGCAACAUUGGUGAAUGUGCCUCAGAAGCAAGCAGCGUACAAUGCCUCCAAAGCCGGGGUCGUGCAGAUGGCAAAAUGUCUGUCUGUUGAGUGGGUUGACUUUUGCCGGGUCAACUGCGUUUCCCCGGGGUUCAUAGCCACAGAAAUCCUCGAUAUCCACCCUCUGGAAUGGCGCGAGAAAUGGAACGACAUGGUGCCGGCUAAGCGAAUGGCUGAUGCCUAUGAACUCAAAGGAGCCUAUGUGUUUUGCGCUUCCGAUGCCUCGAGCUAUAUGACGGGAGCCAACCUCGUGAUUGAUGGCGGCUACACGCUGCCUUAGGCAUGACUCUUGCAGCCUAGCGUCCACGUUGUGUUGGACUCUUUUGACAGCAAAUGACGCAAAUGGGUAUACAUAUGUAAGAUGCGGUAGGAGUGUAGUCACACUCGAGAAUAUGUUUCACAGACGG